CAAGUUUUUUUUUUUUUAGUGGGUUCAUAUGUUUAAUGUUGCAUGAUUUUGGUAGAUUAAUUGUCGAACUUGAACGAAUGUCAAAUUGCUUAUUAUUGAAUGAUAUCAUUAUCGUGAAUUUUCGAUCGAAUAUUUUUCCUUUCUUUUUUUUCAUUUUUGGUUGAAACUAAACUAUAGAAUAAAAAAAUAGUCAAAAUGGCUGCAUUAGUAAGAAAUUAUUCGAAUUUAAUUUUGAAUACUCAUCGAAAUCAAUUUAUUCGAGCAUUGUCAACAACAGCAUAUGAAUAUAUCACGACUGAAUUAAAAGGUGCCAAACAGAAUGUUGGUCUUGUAACAUUGAAUCGGCCAAAAGCAUUGAAUGCACUUUGUGGUGGUCUUAUGGAUGAAGUUGUCGAUGCUAUGCAAAAAUUUGAAAAGGACAAGAAUAUUGCCGCCAUGGUGUUGACUGGUUCGGAAAAAGCAUUUGCUGCCGGUGCCGAUAUCAAAGAGAUGGUGGAUAAAAAUUUCGAACAGGUUACAUUGGGUGGUUUCCUAUCUCAUUGGGACAAAAUUACAGCAGUCUCCAAACCAAUAAUUGCUGCUGUCAAUGGCUAUGCGCUUGGAGGCGGUUGUGAACUAUCCAUGAUGUGUGACAUAAUCUAUGCUGGUGAUAAAGCACGAUUUGGACAGCCAGAAAUUCUUAUCGGCACCAUUCCCGGUGCUGGUGGUACACAACGAUUAACAAAAUUUAUUGGUAAAUCUCGUGCCAUGGAAAUGUGUUUGACUGGUAAUCAGAUCAAUGCACAAGAAGCAUAUGAAUAUGGUCUUGUAAGCCGUAUAUUUCCUGCCGAUCAAGUUGUCGAUGAAGCUAUAAAAUUGGCUGAAAAAAUUGGUGAAAAUUCUAAAUUAAUUGUUGCCAUCUGUAAAUCAUCUGUUAAUUAUGCUUAUGAAACUACGUUGAAACAAGGCUUGGAAACGGAAAAGAAACUUUUUUAUAGCACAUUUGCAACGAACGAUCGAAAAGAAGGCAUGUCUGCUUUUAUUGCGAAACGAAAACCCAACUACACUGAUUCUUAAAUGAAUUUUAUUGUAUUGUAUUCAAUGAUUAUAGUUGAAAAAAUAAAUGGUUAACAUUUUUUUUUAAUGAUGA